CCCAAAAGGUGUGCAUAGUUUUUGGGAGCCUUGGAAGAAACAUUUUCCUUCGACUACCAAACCAAUAUAUAAAUAAACCAUCGACAAUUACAAUGGCACUACCAGCAAGGUUUGGUGGAUCAGACACAGAUGUAAAGGCCUUUUCACCACACCAACGCGAUGAAAAUACUAACUAUGAAAUACCAAAAAAAAAACAAAACAAAUCAAAUCCAAAUACACGUAAUAAAAAAUGAAUUAUUCAUAAUCAUCAUUUAUGAGUCAAUUCUACCAGCUAACAUAAGGAAACAACUCUACGUUUGCAUCUGAUUACUUUACCCCACAUGUGGAUAAAAUGCAACUUUCUCAUUAGUUUUUGAACAAUCAAAAGGGCCUUUACCAGUUGGUGUGGUGAAAAGGCUUUUGUACUUGUACUAGAGUAGUACUAUACGUUUACCCCUAUACAAAACAUUAUCAAAUAAAUACAUCUCGUUAAUUUAAUCUUCAAGGCAAUUGAUAUGCUCAUUUAUUGAACAAUUUGAGGUCCAUGAGUCGUUAAGAGCUCAUUAGCAAUACUAAUUUGCACGUUUAGUAAUAGUUUUAGUGUGACAAAUUAAUACAUUAUGGGUAAAUAUUAAAUAGGUUUUAUGGAUUACUUAUCCUUAAUGAUCAAUCAACAUGUGCCUAUAAUGCCGUACAGGUACAUGGGCCCAAUGAAUAUGAAUUGAUGUGUAAAUAUAUACAUGUAUCAAUAUUUGUUUUACAAGGGGGUAAAGUUUUUGUUUAACCCCUCGUGCCCGAUUGAUAACCAAUCAAGCAUAUGAUUCAAAAAUAAGAAAAUUUUGUUAAGUUUAAUCUUGAGCGUUGCGAGUGUUUCAGGGCAAGGGUUAAACAAACUAUGCUUCCGACUAAUACGAAACACAAGAGUUUUCACAAUAUCAACGCGGGAGAAUACUAACUGUCAAACGUUACACAUCAUAUCCAAAUGAAUUUUAUUUAAUUUUUAUCACUAAAAAUCAUUUCUUCACAAACGCCUCAAAUCACUGCCACUUAUGGAUAAAAUGCAACUUUCUCAUCAGUUUUUAAAGAAUAAAGAGAGCCCGUAGAAGCUGGUGAGGGGCAAAAUGUAUUAAAACGAUGUGUACGUAUGCAUUAGGUAGACAAAAGUAAGUGUAAAGUGCACAUAAGCCUAAGCUUCAUGCAAUCAUUGCAGGCAUGCAGAAAGCUCAGAUCAGACUUCUAAGAGUAGCUAGAGUAAUGUUGUUUACCAUGUCAAUGUCAAUGUCAAAUAGGUUACAAUAAAUAAGUUUACAGUACAUAUGGUGCUACUUUAUCGCACUAGUGCGAAAAUUAGCAUAUUACGUUACUGUGCCGAACAUUUAAAGGGCAAUAUGUACUGUAAAACGUUGUACGAUACAUGUGCGAAUAGGUAAUUCGCAACUCGUGUCGAUUUAUCGCCACUCGUUUCGGAUUUCCUAUUUUUCGCACUUGUAUCGUAAUGUACUAUUACAGUACAUAUGGUGCUAGUUUUCCGCACUAGUGCGUAAAUUAGCACAUUAUGUAACUAUAGCAUAGUUAUGUCGAAAAUUUAAAGUUUUUCGCACUUAUAUCAUAAUAGUACAUUACGAAUAGGUAAUUCGCAACCCGUGUCGAUUUAAAACACUCCUUUCGGUCGUGUUUUAAUUUAUCGCCACUCGUUUCGUAUUUCCUAUUUUUCGCACUUGUAUCGUACAACGUUUUACAGUACAUAUGGCCCUUUCAAUGUUAUAUAUUAUGUGUUGCACUAUAUGUACUGUAAAUCACUAUUCUGCACAUUGACGUUAAAAGGGGCAGGAUUUGUAACUUAUAAUAUAUAUACAGGGCGUCCCAAGACUAUGGGACAUCAAGGGAAAGUACCUUAAAUAUCGUAGAUAGGAUAUUUUCCUGAACAAAGACUUUAUUUUAUUUUUAAAAGUAAGUAAUAUUGCAUUCAAAGAAUUUCUAAAAAAAUGAAAAUUGCUUACUUUUUCUGGGAAUUAAACGGAAGCUUGAAAUUUUAAUCAAAAUUUUACUCUAUUCAUUUCUUUCGCGAUAUCAUAUUUCUGAGAUGACUUAUUUUUUAUGCAUUCCUUCGAUUGGCAUCAUAAAAAUACAGGAUGUUUUUUUUUCCAAUUUGAGUCGGGUCGAUUUCGAAAGUAACUUAUUUUUUUUUAAAUCUUUGAAUGGAGUAUUACUCAGUUUUGAAAAUAAAAUAAAGUCUCCUUUUAGCAAAAUAUCCUAUGUCUUAUAUUUAAGGUACUUUCCCUUGAUGUCCCAUAGUCUUGGGACGCCCUGUAUAUAUCUAUAUAUAUAAAUGCACGUGCAUUUAUAUAUAUAGAUAUAUACACGUGUCCUGACUGAUUGACUCACCAACGCAGAGCCGAAACUUCAAAUGCUAGAAAGUUGAAAUUUACACACUAGGUUUCAUUUAUAAAGUGUACAAGAGCUAAGAAGCGAUUUUGUGAAAAUCAACCCCAAAGGGGGUUAUAAAGGGAAUUAAAGUUUGUAUGGGGUUCAAGGUAGGGUUCAACUUCGUAAAAAGAUAUAAUAUUAAAAUACAAGUAAACGAAUUUCAGCGUUUUUGCAAAUUCAUCCCCUAAGGUGGUGAAAAAUGGGGCAAAGUUUGUAUGGGGUUCAAAUAUUAUUUUAAGAUAGGAACUUGAAACUUGUUAAAAGGUAUUUUUUUAAAGAAGAAAAUUUAUUUUAGCGUUUUUGAAAAUUCGAAUUGGGGUCGAAUAUUUGUAUAGAGAUCAAACAUUUUUGUGAUUGCGGGACUUGAAUCUUUGUUUAAAGGCAUAUUAUUAGAAUAUAAGAAAAAUAAUUUCAGCAUUUUUAAAAUUCAUCCUCUAAAAGGGCCUAAGGGGUCGAAAGUUUGAAUCCGCUACAAAUAAUGCUUUAAACAUCUUUAGAAAGGCAUACACUUAAACAUUACUAAAAUAAGCCAGUAACUUUCCUUUUAAAGUAAGCUAGGAACUUGAAACUUAGUAAAAGGGCAUUAUAUUAAAAUAAACAAAAACUCAUUUUACCGUUUUUGAAAAUACAUUCCCCGAGUUGGUUAAACAAGUGUUGAAAGUUUGCAUCAGGAACGAAAACUUUUGUAAACAGUGAACAUGAAAUGUAAAAAGAUAUUACCAUAAUAGAAAACAAGAAAAAUGAAUUCAGCGUGUUUAGAAAUGUAUUAUUCUUUAAGGGAGUUAAAAUGUAUUGAAAGUUAGGAUUAAUCUCCUAAUUCGAUGAAAAAGGGUUCAUAGAUUGCAUCGGGAGCGAACAUUAUUUUAAAUAGUGGACUUGAAAGUCUUCUAAGGGGGCUGAGAGGGAUUAUAUCGAGAACAUUUUUUUCAGUUAGGGGCUUGAAACUUUGUUGGUUGGAACAAACAAAUCUUAGGCGUUGUAUAAUAAUUAACAAUUGAUUUACCGUCCCUAUCUUUUGCUGCAUAAUGUUCUAACACUCUCAUGUAUAUAAUAUAUAAACUUCUUCUUCCUCCUGCCCUUAUCCCUUUAGAAUAUAUAAUCACCGACAUAAAAAUCCUCACGUAAUAAAUAAUACCUACAUAUUCUAUUUAUUUGCUUUUUAAUCUACAUAAUUUUUUUUUCCGUUAGAUCUAUUAGCAAUAAUGUAAAUUUUAUAUUUUAAUCAAGGUCACCUCACUGGUCAAAAUACACCUAAUUCCAAUAAAAUACAGUUUCCUCAACAAAUAAUAAUUAAAAUCAAGGCACAACAUGAAUUAACCAUUUCCAUCUUGAAGUAUGAGCUUAAGAGGACCAGGCACUGAAGGGCCAAUAAAGAAAAUCAUUGGAUGUGCCACUUACCGUGUGGCUGCAAAUUUGCGCAGGGAUUAUACAAGCAAAAAUCAUGUCUAAAUGGAUGGUGGUAACGGUUAGACAGAGUGAAAGCAUCGUUUGUAGGUCUGUAGGCUGUCAACUGCUGGAAGUAGGCGGCGCGGCGUGCGCGAGCGAGUGCCCGUACGCAACGGAGAUAGCUGCCCGCUGGGGCUACCAACUUAAAGAGAAAUGCGCCGCUGAUCUAAUUUUAACUCUUAUUGUAUGGCUUGUCCGAUUUAUAAGAUCAAUUUCGCCAUAAAUUUACUAUGGCGUUAAAAACGGACAGAGUAUACUAGUUGGAUGGUUAUUUCACUAUAUUUACACCAUAUAACCAAAAGCAUACAUUAAAUGCAGUUACAGUGUCACUACUAAUUUCUGAAACAUUAUACAAAUAAAAUGCACGUACCUAAUUAUUAGAAUUAUUUAGUUAGAAGAAAUAAUAUAAAUUUUAUGACAAGUUUCUGUUAUAUUUGAGUAUUAUAAAUUCCACAUCUGCGAAUGUAGCAAUUUCUACACUACGACCCGAUGACGGUGACAAUUCUGCACCGAGCAGCGACGCAAGAUGUAGCGGGCUGCGCUUGAGCAGCCCUGCCCGCUCGGUGGUGGUAGAAAAUUUUGGUGGGAAGCAAGUAGGGUGCGCCCGCGCCACAGUCCGUCGGUGCUACGCGCGGUACGCGCCCGCCUUUUACUCGUGCAGUGCGGUUACACUCCCGCUAAAAAUUGGACCACAAACUAUAAGUGUCACUACUGCAACUUUUAAACCAGUUUUCCACCCUGAUCCCGUGCUUGUUUGCCCCAUUUACGACUCUGGGUACUCCCGCGUUCGCUGUUGAAGGCAUACAAGUGACUCCUGUGACAUUUGACAAGUGACACGACUCGAUCUCGAGGAACUGUUGUACAAGUGGACUGUGUAUGAUGUUGGUUCGGCUGUGACACGGACACGCUGCGCUGCGCUCUCGCUCUCGCCCGACUCCAGCCUGAUAAUACGUCAGGGUGGCGGCGUCUAAGUAUGGCAGCGGCGGGAUCUCGCUGGGUUCUGGGGUCGCGGUAAGACGCGGCAUGAAGUGCGCGGGGGUCGCCGGCAGCGGGGGCGGCGACGAGCUCCUUCUCGGCGCGUGCUGGCUCGACCCCAAGCUGGACGCCGCUUCGCCCCCUCCGACCUGCCAUGAAUUGUUGGAUUCUCUACUAGCUCCACCUCCACUGGCAGAACUAAAACCUUUGCCUCCUUUUACUGGCUAUACUGGUCAUCUUUCGAUAAAUGGUAUCUCUGGUCACCAUUACCACGCCAUCGCUCAACGUCUUCCAGAAGAAAACAAUAACUACCCCACACAAAGUGGAUAUGGUGCUGAUCAUGACGUUGUCUCAUCAUCAACAUGUGCUGCGGAGACUGAGCCCCCUGAUCUCGAAGAUGUUAAACCUUUCCCGUUAGAUGCUGAUACGAAACCAUUCUCAGCGGAAAAUUCUGCUCCCGGCGCACCUGAUUCUUGCGCUACAUCUUGCUCGCCACCUGCAAAAAUGUUUGAUGAUAGUCACAAACAAGACAUGUACGACAUUAGCUCCAUUGAGGAUAUAGCUGCCAUAAUUGGUUCGGCAAUAGCUGACACAACAGUACCCUCACAACCAGAAGACCCUGAAAGAAAUGAUUCAAGAGACAGUUGGAUGGACAUCGACGCAUGGAUAGCAGGAGCCUGCAGCCAACACAGUGAUAAAAUAGUACCACAAGACCUGGCUGAGUUUUUGCCAAGUUCUCCACCGCCGUCACUUCCAAGUUCUCACCAUCCUGGGUUAGAUUUUCCAUGCAAACCAGGUCAGGAAUUUUCAAAAAGCCAAGAAUUCCUGCACAAGAUUUCAUCUCACGGACAAGCUGGCUCAACUCUACAGACUCUUCUCACCCAUGGUUACAUGCCUCUGCUUCAAAAUAGGCUACAAAAUGGCCCACCGGUGAAACAAGAAGCACCCAGUUCUACUAGUUUUGGUAUGGAUGUAAUAUCGACCUCUUCUCCUCCAGGAAACGCUGUAUCAACCACAGAUGGCGUAGGUGGCCUCUUGAACGGCCGGUACCCACCUCAUUAUGCUCUCAGUUUGAAACCCGAUGGACUUUGUAGUCCGGAUCGGCUAUUGGGCUAUCCUCACGCCCACACAACGACUGCUACUCCUUCCAGCAAGAGUAAAAGAAGUCGAGCAAAGGCGAAACAGUCAAGUAAUGGAGGGAAUAUUCACGGUAGUUCUUUGGCUUUCCCCACAGCGACGGCAGCCGAAUUGAGCGGCCUUCUUGGAAAAGAAAAGCCUGUUCAUCGUUGCGGUAUAUGUAAUAGAGGGUUCCUCAACAAAUCUAAUAUAAAGGUGCACCUUCGAACUCACACAGGUGAGAAGCCCUUCAGGUGCGAUGUCUGCGCUAAAGCGUUUCGCCAGAAGGCGCACCUCAUCAAACACCAGCAAAUACAUAAGCGAAUUGGGAGAGACUAAUCAUAGAGCAAAGACUAACAGGAUCAUUCCUGGCACUAGCUCAAAAUGAAGCAUUUUGUAGAUCGUAGAUAUGUGUGAGUGAUUGUUGUUUGUGGACGGACGUAUUAUUGUGUGCUGCUAGUACCUCAAUUUGAGCGGAAUCUCACUUUUUAGCCUAGUAAUUGUUCAUGAGUACUUCAACAUUAAAAGUAUGUAUAUGUCAUUGUCUUUUAACUUAGUUAUGAGCGAUAGUCUUGUAUUGAUUUGAUAUUAACCCCUUUAGGUUACACUCCUCCUAAGGACAAGUGCAAUGUUAACUAGUUUUAAGAUAUGUCUCCAGAAAUACUUUGGUGUAGAUAAUAUUAUUUAUAUUAAUUUUAGUGAAAAUUUAAUUUACAUUUUCCUGAAUGGUUAUUUUUGUACUUAUUACUUUAAAUUUCAUCUCAUUAGCUAGAUUUAUUAAUUUGGCUAAGUAACAAUUAUUUUGAUGCUCCUUAUUUGUACUGUUAAUAUAGUACGUAUGUUAGAUCGACUUCAAAAUGAAAUUGAAAUAAUUAUAAUGCCUUAUAUGUAAAUAAUUACUCCGAUUACCUAUUUAUAGUCAAUUCUAACGAAUAUUAAUUAGUAAAUUGUAAAAAAUUUGGUGCAUGAAUCCUUCAUAUAAACAAAUAAGACAAAUCUCAUGAUGCUAGCGCGUAGGUACUGUAAAUCUUUGAAUAUUUACGUUUACUUCAACCUGCUACAUAUCUAAUACCUCCACUACAUUAUUUGUCAGCGAAAGCUUUCUUCGUAUAUACUUUUAUAGUUUUUAUAGUAAUAUGAAUUUAAAAGCAAACACAAAGUCUAGCGGUGUUUAGUCAAACGCUGAUUGUGCGGCGCCGUGAGUUGAUCGAUUCCUUCAUAUUGCGCUGGCGCACGCGAGCUCCGGAACUGGCCGCGUCCGGGAAGCGGAUGGAAAAAAUAUUUAAAAAAAUUGUUCCAAUAACGAUGUUGCGCAAUAGUGCAUUCGACUCAUGUUAAGUUAAAUAAUUUGCUUACAUAUAUUACCUCUAACCUAACGGUGUCUUUUACUAGAUGAUCGACAGCCGAUAAGUACUAAAUUACGACUCUCGUCUUUUUUCACAAACCGUUUAAUACUUCUCAUACCCUAAAUAAAUUGUUUUUUUUUUCUUUUUCCCAAAGUUACAUAUAUUUGAUACAUAAUUAUUUACAAAUCCAGGGGAAAAAUAGCAAAAUAAAUAAAACAUGGAUUUUCACUGCUAGAUCAAUAAGCUAAAUCCUAUUCACAAUAUAUAUUAUAUUUUUAUUAUUGUUAGUAUAAAAUUUUAGUAGACAAUAUAUGAAAAUUUUAAUAACAUCAGUAAGGUACACUAUUUGUAAUAUAAUAUACCUAUGAUAAAGUAUUUAAAUAUAAAACAAUUACUUACCUAAAAUAACCCGCCCUUAAAAAGUUGUUAUAAAUUAUCAACAUUUAGCUUUUUGCUACCAUGUCGCCUAAAAAACUAUGUACUUUUAACUAAAAAGAAAUAAUAAUAUUAAAAAAAUAAAUAAAUAACUUAAAUUUGAUUUUAUCUGAUUUUGCAUAAAAUUAGGGUCGUUUGUUAUGUAGGCUGCGUCCAAUAUGCAUUUAAGAGUUAAGUAUCUCUUUGCUUUAUUGUUAUAAUAGUAGCUUGUUUUGUGAACAAAAAUACAGUACCUACCUAUUUUUUUUUCUUACAAAUUUCACUUUUUUACGAAAUCUUUAUGUUUUUUUUUUUAAUUUAUUGCUUUCUCUCAUACGAUAGCAUGAGAAUCACCUUAUGCUCUUCCCUCACUUUAAUGAUUACUCGUUCUACCAAAUAUUUAGUGCUGUAUCGUCAUCUAAUUUAAAUUGUUAUUAAUUUUCUAUAAUAGUUUCUUCUUAUUAAUUUCGAAUGAAAUAGUUGAGGUUCGCUCUUGCCGCUAGAGUUCACGGGCCGGCGGCCAUAGAGUCUGUAAACGACUCGACAUCGACAUUAAUUAAUUUCCUAUUUCUAAACAUGGUUUGGUGAAGUUAUGGCAUAAAAUAUCAUGUUAAGAUCAAAUGCACUCAAUUAGAAUACUCCGUUUUAUCCAAAUAUACUUGUAUAGACCCGAUUUACCAAUAUGUUCUCCAUUAAAUUACCAGAAAAAAUUAAGUUUAGAAUCUAUUUCUCAAACAAUUUAACAUUACCAAAGCCAAGUUCAAUUACCGUUUUGAUCACUGUGUCACACCCCAGCUUAUAAUAGAGUCAUAAUGUUUAUCAAGUACCUUUUAUUUAGUAACUAAGUGAUUGAUAGUUCUUAAGUAUUUAUUGGUAACUUUAGUUAUGUAAUUAUUUUUUUUAUUGUAAAUCUUUUCCAAUCCAUUCGGUCAUGCAUCACCAAUACUUUCUUUGUAGAUAUAUAAUGUACUGUUGUAAGAAACGCUGUUAUAUUUUUCGAGAGGUUUUCCAAUUAUCUUAAGUAAAUUGUAAAUUAAUGUAAAUGAAAGAAGAUUUUUCGUUAACUAAA